CUGAGCACACAGGUGGGAGAAACUCCGCAGGUUCCACUAGUUUGAAGGUAGUCCGGAGGCUGAGAAAAAAAACAAGUUUAGAAAUAACCUCCUCACAUUUCCACAUCUUUAAACUUUUUUUUUUCCUUCAUGUUUAUAGAGCAAGAAGGUGUGUUACCUGCGCGGCGGACUGACCGUUUCAUCUCAAACUAAUUUUCUUUUUGUUUUGAUCUGAACUGAGGGAUUUAUAACAGAUCAGAGGAGUUGAUGGAUCGAUAUGAUACACUGGAGCUGGAGGUUGAAGAUGGAGGAAACGUCGCUCAAAAAGCAUCACUUUUUGGAGGGAUGUUCAAGAAACCAUCAAAAACUACAGAACCAUCUGCUAAAGCACAGGACACUUUGUCAGCAAACGGUGAGCUCUCCACCAGCAGAGACUCGCUCACAGAGAAUAGCAGCAGUAAGGAAAAGGGAGGAAUGUUGAAAGGAAUGUUUAAGAGAACGACGAAACCUGCUAAAGACGAUGAGCCUCAGGAGGCAGCAAUUUCCUCACAACACCCUGAACUAUCUGGCAGUAGUGACAGCUUAACAGACAAUAAGUCAACUAAGGAUAAAUCAGGAAUGUUUGGCAUAUUGAAGCGAUCACCCAGACCAGGACAUGCCCGCAGGCCUUCUCAGGAUCUCCUGGACUUUGAAAAUAGUAAUGAAAACCUCUCUGAGAACAAUAAUAAGAAGGAGUCACCAGGGAAGGUGAAAAACUCUCUAAAAGCCAAUGGAAUAAGAGCAGCUUCAAAGGAAGAUUUGACUGCACAAAGCGAACUCUCCAAAAGCAACGACAGUCUUUCCAAAACCAAAGAAUCUGGCGGUUUUAGCUCCUUCUUUAAAAACCCAUUUGGAGCUCGAGCGCCAUCUCAGGAGGAUUUAACUGGAGUCGGUGAGCUGUCGGGCAGCAGUGAAAAUCUCUCUGAGAACAACACCAAGGAUAAAGGAUUCUUCGGUAUGUUCAAGAAAAAAGUUGCAAGGUCUCAGUCUCAGGAUGAUUUAUCAGUAGAUGAGGAGCACUCAGCCAACAAUGAUGAUCUCACUGAAAAGUCUUCAAAGAGUGGGCCGACAGCCAAGAACCCAAAGAACCCUUCAGCCUCAUCAGCUCAGGAAAAACCAAAGAGGGAAAACGGGGGAGACUCAAGUGAAAUGAACUCUGCCUCACCAAAAGCUAAACCCAAAAGAACUGGUUUCAGUGCGGUGAUGAAGAGCACCUUCUACAGCGACAAACAGGUGACAGAGAAGAACUCCACGCCUGAUGAUGAGGAAACAUCCGAAGGAGAUGGAGACAAUCCGCCUAUUCACAAACAGAGUAAGCUGGCUGGAGCGAUGACGAAGCUGAAUCCAUUUACACAAAAACAAGAGAAGCCGACAGAAUCGGAUGACGAAGAUCAAACUGUGAGCAGCGAGAAGUCAUCAACUCACAAACAGAGCACCAUAGUUGAGGCCAUGUCCAAACUGAAUCCGUUCCACUCUGGAGCUAAAAAGGACAUUGAAAACCCGGAGACCUUUGAGGAGAAAAGGAAACUAUCGGAAAAGAAGCCAGACCUGGUCAAGAGUAAUUUGAUCCAUCAGGAGGGGAAGGAAAAAGGGGAAACGCCUCGAAUCCCCCGCAGACCCAGAGCAGAGGAGAUGAAGGCAACGUCCCUACAUGAAAUAGAAAAACAAAGAAAAGCAGAGGAGAAGAAGGAGCUUUCAAGAGAGAAGAGAGGAAAAGCUUCAGGAGCUCCCGUGGUUCCACUCAGACCGACGGACGAGGAAGUUGCUGUGGUUAAAUUUCAGGAGAUGAACAGAGCUGUUAGGAAGAAAGUCAACCAAGAGCAGAGCCAACCAGGAGACGAGGGCAAUGAAAAAGAAUCAGAUGUGACAAAAGACACAGAAAAGCUACAAAGCAAAUCAGCUAAAGGAAAAAAACACAAGCACCAUCUGUUCAUACCACAGAUUGGAUUCAAGGCUGGAUCUGAUGAGGAAGAGUCUUUAUCCAAAGAGGAAAAUGAGGAUGAGGAUGAAGACAAACCAGAGAAGGCCAAAGUCAAGAAGCCCAAGAAGCAUAAUCCUUUCAUGCCUCGAGUCAAAGCUGCAUCAGACGAUGAAGGGUUAAAAGAUGAAGAAGAAAUUAGAGACGAAGAGGAGAAGGAGAAACCAGAGAAGCCCAAAGUCAAGAAACCCAGACAACACAAUCCCUUUAUGUCUCGGCUCAAGGCUGCAUCUGAUGAUGAAGGGCUAAAAGAUGAAGAAGAGUCGUCAUCCAAAGGGGAAACUAAAGAUGAGAACAAAGACAAACCAGAGAAGCCUAAAGCCAAGAAGCCAAAGCAGCAUAAUCCUUUCAUGCCUCGGCCCAAGGCUGCGUCUGAUGAUGAAGGGCUGAAAGACGAAGAAGACUCAUCAUCCAAAGAGGAAACGAAGGAUGAUGAGGACAGGGAAGUUACGGAGAAGCCUAAAGUCAGGAAACCCAAGAAACACAAUCCUUUCAUGCCCCGGUUAAAGACCAAAGUUGUUCAGAGGAACAGACAAGAUGGAGCUGCUGAAGAAAAUGAAGAACCACAAAGGUCUUUAUUUGACCGGCUGGAGGAUUUCCGCAUUGAUCCCUCACAGCCUGAAGACAGUCAGGAUGUGGAGGAUCUCAUGGACUGGUGGAACACGGUUGAAUCCUGGGAGGAUACGCCUCAAGAUGAUGACAUGACUGAAAAGGAAGAGGCCAAGGCCUUUGCUGUAACUGCAGAAAAGGUCCAGAAGGGUAUCCGAGUCUUCAACAAGCUGUUCUCUGAGCGCGCCGAGACCCUCUGGCAGCACGUCAUCGACCUCAACGCCAUCGCAGACGGCUUGGACAAAUUCAACAAGAAGACAAAGAUCGCUCAGAUCACUGGCGGCUCCACCAGCGCCAUUGGAGGCGUCGCCACCAUCACUGGCCUGGCCUUGGCUCCGGUCACCAUGGGAACCUCCCUUAUCGUCACAGCUGUAGGUCUUGGCGUCGCUACGGCAGGUGGCUUAACCUCAGCUGGCGCCGGCAUCUCAAACCAGGUCAACAACUCUUUGGACCGCAAGAAGGUGGAGAAGAUCGUAGAGGACUACCAAGAGAAGAUCGCUGACCUUAAUAAGUGCCUGAAGUUUAUUAAGCAGGGAAUAGAGAACCUGCGCAGAUUCGACCUUCUCAAGAUGAAGAAGAACGCAUACAACCAGGACUUUCCUGCACUCACCAGUCAGUUUUACGAAGAUGGAGCCAUGGCAGGGAAGGCAAUCCUCAUCAAUGCCAACGAGAUCAUGCGCGUGGUGCAGAUCGCCAACGUGGCGGGCAGCACUGCAGCCAGAGCGGUCCAGAUCGCCAGUAUGGCCACUGGCGUGCUCACGGGGCUCUUUGUCGGCAUGGACAUCUACUUUGUGGCUAAAGACUCUAAAGAGCUAAAGAAAGGAGCAAAAUCAGAGUUCGCUGCCAAAAUCAGAGAGGUGGCCACGCAGCUGCACGACGGCCUGGUGGAGCUCAACACCAUACGAGAAGAGCUGCAGACCACCACGCCAGAAAACGACAAAAACGGCGAAAUGACCGAGAUGGAAAGUGAAAAGAAACAGAAAAGUGAGAAAAAUGAUGAAAGCUCAGAUGAAGAUGAGAUUGACCGCAUUAAAAAAGCAAUAAAAAAGGACAUUGAGAGCAGAGAAUAUGUUUGACCUCAGCAGACUGCCUUCAACUUUGCUCUGCAGCCAAAGUUUAAACUGGAUCCUCAACUUAAUAGAUUUUGAACAAGCUUAACUGCCGUUUGAGACUUUUAAACUAAAACUGACUCAUUUUAAUCUCAUCCUGUACACUACAUCUGAAGGAGGUAGUCGUUUAUCGGUUUUAUCUGGA